CUGGGGGACGAAGGUAUUUUUGGUACGUUGUUCGCUAAUGUGUGCCGGUGGCGAUCGUUCCUAACGUCUUUCUCAAAUCUUCUUCUUUCUAGAUUUGUGUACAAAAUCAUGACAAAAGUUUGAGUAUGUUCGAUUUCUAGUAAUUACAAAACUGAUUCCUUGACAUUGCGAACCUUCUUCAACUAUGGACCGAGCAUCUCAAACGUGGAGUUCACAAAUGUUGAGUUCACAAAUGUACUCUAGCAAGAAAAUUGGCAUGGGCACUCUUACCUCUGCUCUUGAUUUGUCUGACAUUAUCAUUUCUUGCUGCCUGGAGACGCAGUCUAACGAAGAUUUCAUGAUAAUGAAGAUGAAACUGAAAAGUCUUCUGCGACAAUUUAGUCUUGUCCAUUUGUUGGAUAUUGUAAAAGACACAUUUGGACUGUUCUAUACUGUCUUCUCAACUGAUCAUCCCAAUCUGACUGAUCUGCAAAAGUUAGAGUUACUGAAAGAAGUAAUGAAAGCAACAGGAAAACACCACAUGGUUGACAAAGUGAGCCAAGCAUAUAAACAAAUUUGCCAAAUGCAGUGUCUGUCUGCAACCGACUCACUGAACAGUAGAUGUCCACAACUGGUCUGUCGUGAUCAAAGUGGAGAUGAGGAUGUUAGAAUGGAAUAUGGCACACGUGAUGACCAACUGAAUUAUUUUUCUGUGGUCAAAGAUAAAAUAGGAAGGCAGUGGACUGACUUAGGCAGGGAGCUGGAGAUAACUGAAGCAGACAUUGAAGAUAUACAAGAUCACCACAAUAAUCAUUCAAGUUGCUGCUUUGCUAUGCUCAUCAAAUGGGAAAGAACAAAUGGACAACACGCUACAAAGCUAAAGCUUGAACAAGCAUUGACACGAAUACAAAGAAAAGAUAUUGUUGACAUGUUAAGAGCAACUUGCUCUGCUCAAAGUGGAUUACCAGUAUCAACACCAACAAUGGUAGGAUAUGACCAACCUGCUGCUGCUGCUCAAAUUUUGCAAAACCCAACUUAUCCCAUUUCCAUCUCAUCUAAACAAAACACAUCACAUGAAAUCAACCAUCAUAAUGUUGUCCAACAAAGUGGUGCAACUGGUUAUCCAAUGCAAUGUUCAGAUGCCUCUCACAAAAUGGCACCUGAUUAUCUUCGGUGUCAAGUAGUAAAGCCUGAAGCUGACUUAAUACACUUACAACAAAGUUCAAGUCUCAACUCACUUUUUUUACAGUAUCCAUUGCAACCAAGUGGUGUUCAGUCUAAUCACGGUGACUGCUCACUGCUCAUUGACACUCCAGAUGUUGACCAAGCUUGUGCACCAGCUCAGCAGGUUGAUUAUAGAAGACUGCUCGGUUGCUAUGACCGAAGAAAUCCAUCCAUGAUUGAUACAUUUCAUACAAUAGCCAAGAAUCGAAAAAUCCGUCAUCUAGUUUUUGUAGCAGUUGGCAGAACUGGUGUAGGAAAAACAACUUCAAUGAAUGAAAUUCUUGGUACCAUAACAAGAGAAAUCACUGAUGCACAGCGUGGAACAAUUGGCCAAGGAAUGUCUGAAACUCAAUUUGCUUCAACUUGGACAAGAAGUUACUCAUAUGAAGAUUCUACUACAUACAAGCUGAGCUUCAUUGACACACCUGGCCUAGGUGACAACUCUUGCAGUGGUCUCACUGAUGAAGAGGUCUGCAAGCGGAUAUGUUGGGCAACAAAUCCUAUCACAAAGGAAGAAAAUACGCAAAUCAUGAUGGUGUACUUCUCUACAGCACCAAGCAGUAUUGAUGCUAAAGAAAUUGAAUCUAUCAAAAUGCUGGAAGCAGCUACUGGCCUUGAUUUAUUUUGUGUUGUGCUGACCAUGGCAAGGUCACCAAUAACAAGUGCCUGCCUUAAAUGGGAUGAAUGUAAGCAAGACAUAAAGGAUUCUCUUGAUGUCAUCACUGAAGAGUUUCAAACUGAUUACAUCAAUGAACACAAAGAAGAUGAUGACACCAAUACUGACCGUGACCUACUGCUUAGUAAUGCAAAGAAAGAGAUCAAUGCUGAUGCUGAUGGCCUUCCCAAGAAACGAGGCAUCAAGGAAAAAUUUCUUCAAAUUUUUUGGAGACAUAACUUUCAGAAAACCAAAAAACAAUGGUAUGAAGAGAAGAUUUGUAGACAAAACAAGCUGCCUGUGCCUGUUGUAAUGCUUGAAAAUGCAGAGUUACUGCAAACUGAAAAAUGCAAUGUUGAGCAACUUUUCAAACACUGGGUUGAGUUGCUGGGUGAGAAUUCACCUCUUUUCCUCCUCAUGACAUGUGAGGAAGUCAUGUCACACCCAAAGAGCAAGUUCUACUUUCAAGAACACAAAAAAGCUGGACAAUCAGACGUUCACAUAUGUGAACACAUAUGUGGAGAUAGUUCUACUACUGGAGGAAAGCAAAGAAGAAGAGUUCAACAAAAUUUUUUUGAAAAGUUGAUAGAACUGCUAAUGAAAUUCUUAUUUGACAAAGAACCAACAUCUACCACAAGAUUCUUUUGAAGUCAGAAAGUUUGACAAUUGAGUAGGAGUAUUAAUUUGUACUCUAACUAUUUGCUGAGAAGGUUGUCUAAAAACAUUAACUUUAUAUCCACUUAG